AUGAAUCUAGAUGACACCAGGUUUAUUUGUCCACGGCCGAGAGCCGUCCGUGCUUGUGCUUCGUGCAAAGUACACAAGACACGAUGUCUUCCGUCCGCUCGUUCGGAUCAAUGUCGAAGAUGUGAGAAAAUAGGGACUAUAUGUCUAUAUAAUGAUAUUCAGCAGUCAAAGAAUAAACCCCAAGUCAGACUGCCUGAGAAAGAGAAAUCGGCUUUGAACUCUAUUCUGGCACAAGUCCUGCCGGCAGCUCUAGAUAUCAAUUACGAGGAUCAAUCUGAAAAAGUGUUUCAGAUACAUGGCAAUCUCUUUGGCUGCCCCGAAACCGCGAAGUCAACAACCCCUCAAUCUCAGGCCAACCAGCCGGACGACAAACCUCGAGAAAAGGAGUCUAGCACGAAGACAUUUAAAAGACCGCAUGUCACAAUGAAAGAAGUGGAUGAGAUGCUGCAAUCAUAUCACCAACGAAACGUAUGUUUCCCAUUCGUUGCCAUCCCAAAGAACACGACAGCGGAGAAACUCUGCCAAAAAUGGCAAUUUCUGGUCCUGUCUAUUUUGGUAAUAAGCUCUGGGGAAAAUCCAAUACUUCAGAAAUGUUUGGAUGAGCGAUUCCGCAAGGUCUUGGCUACGAGGGUAAUCAUGCAGGGUGAAAAGUCUUUGGAUUAUGUGCAUGGUCUCCUUGUUUAUCUUGCAUGGCAUCCAACUCAUCUGAGACCCAUCAACAAUCAAAUCUUCCAGUAUUUGCAGUUGGCGAUUAGUAUGAUAGCGGAUUUGGACCUAGAACGGAAGAUGUACUCAACGACAGACCCUAUUGCUGAUAAGAUUGUUGCACGGAAUACAGUCCUCGGAUGUUACUUCUUGUCCGCAAACAUUGCAAUGGGCUUUCGACGGCCCAACAACUUCAGAUUCGCUCCUCCAGACGAACUAUUAAGUUCCAUGCUGUUGUCCGGCAAUGAUUCAGUAGAACAGGUCAUGGCUUCUACAGUGCUAUUAUGCAGGUUCAUCGAGAAGUUAUAUGGUCUCAAAAUCCAGGCAGAUAUGGAAAAGCUAGCAAGUUGGACUGAGUGUCCUUUACAAAAUCUCACUCGAGUUCUGCGUGCAGAGUUGACGCAACUUGAGACUGAGCUUCCAGCUCACGUCUAUACAAACAGGCAAAUACAAAUCAUGCGAAGAUUUGCCAGAAUCAAAAUCCACUCCCUGGCAUUAGAACAGAAGAAACACAUAUCAUACAUUGAAAUCAACCCCCUAACCUACUUGGAGGUGUUUCCAACAUGCGCUUCCGAAAUAAACGGACUCUUGGAGUAUAUCGUCAAUACACCAAGAACAGAAUACAGAAACUUCUCUAUCACCGAUUGGGAACCCAUCAUACAUACCGUCAUCAUAUUCCCGAAACUGUGUCGAUUCACCAUUCCGGAUCUGAGUACUGCGACUACUUGGCAAGAUAUGCUUCUAACGGAAAUUCCUACCUAUCUGACUCAUAUAGAUCAGCUAUGCGAGCGUCUCCAGGAAGCUUCGAUAACGAGACACCAGACCGACAAUGAUAUGUCCAGUAGCCAUAAGCUACCCGACCUAUUCUUCCUGUUUUAUACUGUCUUGAAGCUUUUCAAGGACAAUUUUGCUCGCGAGUCAGCACACUAUAGCAUAUCUGCUAGUCCAGCAUCCCUAUCUGGCAACAAACCAGCCCGAUCUCGCUGCCCAGUUGUGAAUGGUGAUAUUCAAGAUACAGAGUACUGGACCAUGUGGAUGAAUACUAAUAACCUCAUGAGUGAUGUGGAGAUGUUUGGUUUGGAGGGAGAUCCAUUUUCAGGAUCUGAUAUCAAUGAUUUGGCGGUUUUUGAUUUGAAUUCUUGGGUCGAUUUUUCAGCUUGAUGCUUUGUAUAUCUGAGAGGAUAUCUGUAGGAGGCAUUGCCGGGAUAUAAUGAAGCGGUUUAAUGACGAGUGUAAAAGG